CUUCCUUCUUACCUCUCUUUACCUCUCUCUCUUCUUUUGUUCCUCUGCCGUUGCUCGCCCCGUGUCUGUCCCGUCGAUCAUCCAUCCCCCUCUGCUCCCUCUCCUUCCCUCUCCCCUUCGGCUCAGUACCAGUCUAUCACAUCCCAUCAGCAGCCCCUCUCGCUUCACACCUGCCUCCUCUUCAUCCACUCAUACAGCAGUCCUUCUCGAUCGGUCCCUCUUCCCACCCACACAGCCUACCAUGGUCAACAAAAUCGUACUAUCAACAACAUUCUUGGCAGCAUGUGCUUCAGUCACCAUGGCUGCCGGUGUCUUCACUGUCCCCAUGAAGGGAUAUGUCAAACCCCAACAAAUGAACGCAGUCUCCUUGACCCACCAUUACCUCCGAAAGCGCGCUGAUCCCUCGUCAAGUUCGCUCACGAGCGUGAUGAACGAUAUCAUGUAUACUGUUUCUCUCGGAAUCGGAUCGCCGCCACAGUAUUUCAACCUGGCCAUUGAUACUGGGAGCCCCAUCACUUGGGUUGUCUCUAAGAACUGUACAGGCUCAGAAUGCGAAAAUGUCAACAACCAUUUCAAUUGUACAGCCUCCUCGACAUGCAAGCCUUCACCAUCCAGCGGCCUCAUAAAUGCUAAAUAUGUCUCUGGUUCAUCCAUCAAAGGCUCUUACGUAACAGAAACCUUCAACCUUGGAAACAUACAGUUCCCAUCGCUGGCUGGAGUUGUAACCACAAACAACGCCCCUUUGCCACCAACUAUCGAUGGCAUCCUGGGGCUGUGGUUCGCGGCCACAUCUAUUAGAAACGUGCCUGAAGAAGCCGCGAUUUUGAAGGUGUUAAAAAAAUCAACGGCUCUUGCCAAGCUCGAGGUCGGCAUCUUCCUCGAUACUACUACUGGUGAUGAGCUGACCGCCCCAGGCGGUGAGAUCACUUUUGGAGGUGUUGAUCCAGCUCGCUAUACAGGCGAAUUCACCUACAUCAACUGCGUCCCGCACCCUCCAUGGACUAUCCCUGUCGAGCGCUUGUCUGUGAAUGGCCAAAACUUCAAUGUCGCCGGCUCUCUUGCUACAAUUGAUACCGGCACGUCUGCGAUGCUGUUGCCCAAGGAGCUGGCUGAUGCCAUCAACUAUGCCAUCCCAGACAGUGGCACCGACCCCAAUGAAGAAGACCAGUGGUUCCUGCCUUGCUCGGGUGAUAUCCCAAUUACGAUCACGCUUGGAGGAUUCACGGCGAUUAUCCCUUAUACCACCCUCGCCAUGCAGAACAUCCGCAAAGUGGAAAAGAGCACCGGUAGAGAGUACUGCCAGAGUGCAGCCAUGUUUGCUUCCGGACCUGUCUCGACGAUCAACGAAUGGCUACUGGGAGACGUGUUCCUGAAGAAUGUGUACACUGUCUUCGAUUUUGGUACGAAUGCCGCAACGGGCGGGCGUAUUGGAUUCGCUAAUCUUGCUGGCCCCAUUGACGUCAACAGCACCAGCGGAGGAAGCAAUGAUACCACUACUGGUACUACUGGCAACCCCAGUCCAUUGAAUGCUGGCAAGAUCACCAGCGGAGACAACGGCAGCAACAGUGCAUCGCCCAGCCAGGCGUUGACGUCACGAGGCCUGCAGGCUAUGGCAAUUGCUGUAUCCGCCACCCUCGCUUUUCUCUAAUCCUCUAAGGAGGAACUCCGGCUAAUGUCGACCGGAUUGUAUUUAGUCAUGUUUUAUAGCCAGCAUACUCUACCUUAUGCUGAUAAUAACCGUGUUCUGAGGUACCAUACAUAAUACUAUAUACCCCCCGCCUCGGGCCCCUAAUUAACAAGAUAAUAAAUGACGAGCUACGGAC